UCUACACAUUGGGAGCAAUUUUCGUCAAAAAUUGCGUUUUUGACAGAAAUUUGACGUUUCCCCCUACAACGCUGCAGGGAAUUUCCUUCAAAAAAGCAAUUUUUGACAAAAAUUGCUCCCAAUGUGUAGAGUCCAUAAGUCACUACGUCAAUUUUCAUACUUCAUCAAACAAAAAAUUAUAUGAUUCAUGUGAACUACAUGAGCAGUAAAAAUAGCACGUCGUUGUAUUCUCGAAACAAUGUUCGAAAUUCGAAUGACCUUGAGAAAAGUCAGCAGACAAAAAAAUCUAUUUUUUCAUAACAAGUGCAGUUUCCCCAAGAAAAGAGGUAUUCGAAGAUCGGUUUCUUGUUCGAAUUUCGAAGUUUCUUAUUUAAUACAAUAAUAUUUAUUUAAAUUACAAUAUUUCAAAACAUUUUCAUCAAAUUUUUAUUUUACAAAUUCUCAAUGCUUCGUACGAAAAUCAAUUUAAAUUUUCGAACAUCAACGAUCUUUUUUGGUAUCGAAUGCUAUUAGCAGAGAUACUUUCAGAAUAGAAUAAAAAGCCGAAAGACAUUCUCAAUGUGGUGGAAUUUGCGUUUUUUAGAAUUCUUUGUUUACGGAUCUCUUCCGGAGUUUAUCGAAUUUCGACGGAUUUUUUAUCUGCAAUAAAAGCUUAAAUUAUCGCAUACGUACUCCUCUAUAAUUAAAACGUUUUACUGCAUGUCUGAAGGUAGAACCAAAUGCCUUUUGCAAAGAUAAAUAAACAGAGAACGAGACCAACAAGUCGUGUGAAAAGCUUAAGAAUCUGCACAAGUUUAAUUGUGCUAUGGAAAUGCAGCAAAACUGUAGGUGUAAAAUGUUUCACUAAUACUUCAAGCUUCUCAAAUGUGAGUGUAUAAAUGCGUUUUGUUGUGGAAAAAAUUGCAAUUUUUCGCUACUUUUUCCCUCAAUCAACUGGCACAGUGUUCGCCUAGUUCAACAAGGCAAUAAUCAUAGCUGAUAGCCGAGGUGAAAGACUCGUCUUAUCAGCUUUGGGAGGUAGCUGAAGGGGCACUCAAGAGCAGCAUAAAAAAAAGCUCUUUCCUUGUAUUGCGAGCACCACUCCUCCAAUUUAGUUGCUGCGAAUAAAGAAAUUGAGAGUCUGCCUCAAAUAUCGCGAGACAGUCUCAUAUGAUCGUUCGUCAUGAGGCAACAGAAAAUCGCGAGAGCUCGCGAUUGCGGAUUCUUGAGUGAUUCUUGCAAAUUCUGCAACAUUUCUUUGUGAAUUGUGUGAAGUGAGAGCGAGAAAGGCAAGAGGAUCCCUCCCAAGAGGGGCUCUUGAGAUAACAAUCACUUGGGAGACCGACUUAAAAUUUAAUUGAUCCUCAGUUCUUCUUGAGACAUUGCAUGGAUAUCCAGUGAAAAUUGCCUCUUGGAUUUGUGAGACAAGGGGCCUUUUUUUCGCGACACGAAGAAGUGUUUUAACGGCCAAAGUGAUCUUGGUCCAAAAAAUAAAUAUUAGCACGGUUAAUUUAUUCGAAGAUCGAGCUGUUUGGGCAAUUUUGUUGCCGUUAAAUAUUAAAAUGUGAUAAAAUUGCACUAUGUUGCCGCUGUUGAAACAGUAAAAUCUCUCACCUUUCAGUGCGAAAGACGAUCAAAAUUUCCUGCCAAUUUACCAAUUUAAUGGGCUUAUUUACCUUUCAUGCUGCUCUCCCAAGUUCCAAUAAAAAAAAAAGAGUGAAAACCCAAUAUUUAUUGAUUCAACCUCUAUUGAUACAAGUCUAUUUCGUGAUUAAUUUUCCGCUAGAUAAUUCUGGCUAGAGAGAGAAUUUCUGUGUCUGUGUGUACUCUAGAUUAUGUGUCUGGGACACUCAAAUGCGCCCUCCAAAAGUGUCUACAAAAAAUAAAAAAAAUGUUGUGAUGAAACUAUUUGAGUUUUUCCUAAACCUCAAGGUGAUAGAGAAUGUGCUGUGUUGACAAAGAUCGCCAUUUCACACUCAAAAGGCAGCCAAGUGAACACUUUUUUGUGAUACUAAACUCUUGGAAGGAUUAAUUGCUUCCUGCGAAGACUGUGACCUCGAAAUGGAUGUUAUUGCGCUCCUCUCCUCAUUGGCGUCCGACUUGGAUUUAAUGCUCAACGAUCUGAGGGCGACGCCACCGAGAUUCAUUCAACCGCGAGCAUCAAUAUCGGUCGUGUCCCAUUUGGGGUCUGAUGCCAUUCAACCCUCGCGAUCAAAUAAGAGAUUUACUCUUGGUUCACUGGAUCCAGAUGAAUGCGCCGUGGGGAGUGGCAAUGGGGGCUGUUAUGGUGACGAUGAUCUUCAGGCCCUGAUUCCACCAGCAGCUCGAAGACUUUCAAGGGAUGAAUUGAGUCAGUCACGUACUUCGCUGGUGUCAAGUUCAGAUGGUGGCAUCCUGGCCGAAGGGGAGACAUCCUCAGAGUCGUCUGGUGGCUCCACCAGCCCUCCUUGUGAUCUGGGCCUCGUGGAGCGCCUCUUGCGCACCCAUCCUGUCUGGUUCCUGCCUGGGAUUCAGCGUGCCGGCGCGGUGCAUCUGCUCCAGGGCAAGGAAGAGGGAAAUUUCGUAGUUCGAGGUUCAAGCCAGGCCAACACAAUGGCAGUUUCAGUUCGUCUUCCUCCAGAUACAGGUCCCUACAUCGAACAUUACUUAAUCCAAUCGGACAAUGGGAUCCUUUCUCUGGAGAGCUCCCGUUUCAAGUUCGACUCCAUUCCCGCCCUGAUUGCUCACUAUGCCCAGUGCUGCGAUGAACUACCAGUGCAAUUGAUGCUCCCACGAGCCCUACGAGAAGCCAAGAACCGACAGCAACUGUCAUCAUUGGCUCUGCUUGGUCAGGAGUUCUGGCGAUAUCCCAUGGCCAGUCCGAAACCAGGGAGUCAGGCUUCAACCCCAGUAGAUCCCAAGUCUGCAGCAACGGAUUCCUCAGGGGUUGGAGUGACGGUAUUUAGUUCUUCCGUGAGUCAGAAACAUCCUCCGAAACCUCUGAAAGGUCCGAAUAUUCUAAGUCCUGGUCAGGCUGGAUCACCUCACUGCCAGGUGGAGACACCCUCCGACACAUCUUCUAGUCUCAGCAGCUUUACUCCCAGCAAUGGUCAUCAACUCUUGAGCCCAGAAUCCAUCGAUAGCGUGGUCUUGACCAUGUCCCCAGUGGAAUCUUGCCGAUCAGGGAUUGUGGGAAAAACCAGCACCUUCAAAACUCAGCUCAAGCGACAAGCUCCUGUUCCUUUGGCCAGGACCCCAGAACUCAUUGAUCAAGGAGAUAAAGUUGGGGUCUUUGGGGGAGAAUCUUUCCUCGGUGGACAGAUUCGAGCUCCCAGACCAACUCCACCAAAUACUCUCAACCUAGGUCCUUUGAGAACACCACCAGCUCCUCCUCCUCGCUGGUCCAAGCCAGUUGCGAAUGUAAGUCCUGACCAAGCUACUGUGGAAACCCAAGCCAACAACUUUACCGUCACCACAACGGUGACUUUCAGUAUGGAAAGUGGUUCUAAAGCGCAGAGUCCACAGAUUGUAGAGGUCUCAUCCCCAACGGCUAGUGACGUCCUCCAGUUCCAGACCAUCUCGAAGAGACUGUCUCCCGAAGGGGAAUGCCACAAGAAUGGGGAAGCAUUAUCAACACUGGACUCCAAGAGGUGGAUCAGCAAUCUCAGCAGAGACACAUCACGGGGCAAUCGAAAGGUUCAGUCACCGAGUCUAGCAGAGACACCCAAUGGCCAGAGAAUGCGUCGGAGUAAGGCCAAGAAGGAAUCCAAGCACUACCAGGUAUUUUGUUAUGAAAAUCCUGGGGAUGAGACACUGACUGGACCAUCGUUGCAGGAGUCCGACAUUUUGGAAUCCCCCUCAGUUUACUGCAGAAGUGCCCUGGGCGACAAGAUCAGUGACUAUGAGGAUAUUUGGACACAAGAGAACAACAAUGGAAAUCUCCUAAGAGGAUCCCAUAUGUCCAGCUUUAGGCCUGAAGUCCAUGGGAAGAGGCCUGAUCUCCUAGCAGAGACCCCUACUGUGACUUCCCUCAAUGGAAAUCUUCUCUCUCCAACUGGAUCUUUAGCUUCCUCUAACAAUUCCCCGCCAAAACCUCCCUCAGAGACUGACUCAGUUACACCCCUCUGUCCCCAAGCUGAAUCCACAGAACGUACCAGCUUCCUCGAGAACGAAUCUCUUGUAGCUCAUCUUGCCAAUCCCAAGGAGGGUACUCAACGUUUCGGAAUCUACCACAAGAAUCAAACAUCAGGUUCGGACUCUGAUCCGAUGCUACAGCCCCGGAAUCGUUUGGGUUUAGUAUUAACCAGUACGCCACCUAAGCUUGAAGAUCCCACGACACCGGUUGGAGCUUCGGGUAGGAGCAAGCAGGGCAGUCCCUUCUACUCUGAACCUGUAGAUUCUGUGCAGAACAUCACAAGGCGUAGCAAUAGGAACUCUCAAAUCCCCAACAGUCAGCGCUUCUCGGAGCCACCUAAAGGACCUUUCCGAAGCGCCCUAGCCUCAAUUAUCCCUCAUGGGGAUGCAAUGCAGCGCAACCCGCUAGCUGGAUCUCUCGAUGAGCUUAAGAAGCGAAACAGGAAGGCCAGGGGGAGGCUCGAUCCUUGGCCACUAGACAGCAGCUGGGAAUUUGUGGGGAAUGACGCCAACGAAGAAAAUGACUAUGACUCUGACCUCAAUUGGAGAACUAGCUACAGGAGGGAAAGUGUUCAAGCUCCACCGCAAGUUCAACCCCCUAAACCUCAACCUGAACCACCAAGGGAGACGAAGCAGAGACCACUUACAAUCCAUCAGAUCAUUGCAACGAGGAUGCCUGAAUUAAAUCUCCCAGAACAGAUAAGGUGUUCAACACCAACUCCAGAAUCCAGUGUAAUAAAUGGGACAAUUACGCGAAGGCAGCGAAUCUCUGCUUAUGACAACGUUGAAAGGGGAGCAACAUCUUCUCUCCUGUGUCCGGAUAGUGCUCAAUCUGAUGAUGGAACCGUGUUCUCAGAGCCUUGGGACAGUUCCCAGUGGGACUCCUUCUUGCCCCAGGAUGACGCCUCUGAUUCGAUUCAUCUGUCCAAGUGUCGGGCACUUCUGGGUCAAGAGGAGGACGACACCCUCGUAGAAGAUGCGUCACAAAGAGAGAAGCAGCCCGCUAAAGUGGCCACGAUAUUCCGCAGUAGAAGCUGUCGCGAUCGUGAGAUUCUAUGUCAUCCGCGGAAUAAGACAACUUCAGGCGGUCCUGGAGAGUCCGUGGGAGCAUAUGCAAUGUCCCUGGCCAAUGAUCCCACCUCUACUUUUGCCAGGAACAUUGAGAACUUCAUCUGCUGCACCAAAGAAUCCCGCGAAGCUGCCCCGCAGAUCGUCAUGCGGAACAUGAGGCAGUUCAUGAGUGGAAUGAAGAAUUACCUGGUGAAACAUGGCGAGGGAGACUUCCAGCUGGAAGUCCAACGUGCAUGCUCACGCCUCAAGCCCGAUGAGUUCCUCAAUCUGGACACAAUCCUCGAGGGAGUUAUGCAGCGUCUGGUGGUUCUUCCUCUGCGGGAACAUCUCUACGGACUCUUUGUGGAAUACUACACCAGAUCCCGGGAUAUUCAGCUUCUGGUGGAGAAUGUUCGAUUCGCUAGUGGCAAAAGCGCCAUUGACAUGGGAAUCCGAAAGGAGAUUUCUCCACCAUCUGAGUCUUCCAUGAGGUACAUUGCAAUGAUCUUGCAGCGUCUGCAAGAAGCUGAACAGCCUCUGGAGAAGCUCGAUUACCUUCUAGCUGCUGUGUCGGCCAUCUUUGAGGCCACAGGCUCUCCCAAGAACAAUGCUCUCUGUGCUGAUGACUUCCUACCCAUUUUGGUCUACGUUGUGGCCAAGAGUGGAUUUGUCGGAGCUGAAAUUGAAGCGGAAUUCAUGUGGGGUCUCCUCCAGCCUUCACUCCUCAGCGGAGAGGCUGGGUACUACCUCACUGCCCUAUGCAGUGCAGCUCAUGUACUUAAGACCUUUAAAGAUAGCCAGAAUGAGAUGUCCGGAACUAUUGAUUGGCGAUCUUCAGCAAUGCCAGCGUGCUCAUCCGUGCUGAGGGUCAUCAUUCCGGAUGAGUACAAUGGAUCUCUGCAAACGAGGACCCUGCCGGUUCGUCCUCAUACAACCACCAAAGAAGUCUGCCGUAUCAUCGCUCACAAGGCGAGGAUCACCAAUCCGCAGGACUAUGGCCUCUUCAAACUCGUUGACGGAGAAGAAACUCUCUUGAUGGACUCCGAGUGUCCUCAGGAUGCCAGAUUAGCAGCUCGCGGAAAGCACUGGAUGCUGGCCUACAAACGCAUCGAUGCCAAAAUAGCCUGGCCCACAACAGCAGCCUCAACUUCCGGCUCAUAAAGCUGCAGAAUUUGAAGAAAAAGUUCAGCGGAUUGAUCUUCAUUCUCCCAAGAAGCAGUAUUCUUCGUAUAUUAAUUACGCAAUUUCCUUGGCAAAUUUGGGAGGAUGUGUAAAUUUUUUUUCUAAUUUUUCAUAAAAAACAAAGGAACUAUACCGCAAAUUUUUAGUCUUUUGUAGUGUUUAAGAAAACUCUUUGCAUUAAUCUCAGAAUAGCCAACAAGUAUAAUUGACCUCUUCGCUGUAUUUCAAUACUUUUUAUACAUUCUGACUAAAUAAUAUUCGUACCUCUUCUCUUUGUGUGAAAGAUGAAAGGAGAUUUAUUAUAAAAAAUUGCAAAUUUUUCGUAAAAUCUUCUUUGUAUGAAUUUUCUUGCCAUGCAGAAGAAAAAGAAAUGCCGCAAAAGAAACGAAAGAAUUAAUGCUGUGAUUAAUUUGUUGCUCGGUUUGUCAUCAAGUUUUUUUUAGUAGAUUUUUUUUGUAACAAUCACUUGUGUUUAUUUUUAACUUUUUUUUUCAAAGAUUACUAAUUUCUAAAUAAUAUUCCACUGAUAUAAGUAACAAUUCUAAAAGAAUUGUCAAAGAAAACAUUUGUAUAUUUUGAUGGAAAUUAUAACUAUACAAAAUUCUCUCUAUAUAAAUUCAUAAAAUACAGAAAAAAUAAAACAGAAAUGACCAAUUUUUGUGUAAAAUUAAAAAAAAAAAAUAAAAUAAAAGUGUAUUUUGCAUAAAAUAUUUACUCAAAAAUAUAAAAAAUUCCAGGUAAAAAAAAAGAACUAACAAUAUCGUUUUGUCUCUAUAUUUUGCGAAAAUAAUUCUUUUUCCUAACACACAUUUAACGAUUCAAUGCAAUGACUCGAAAAGUUGAAAAUCUUUCAAAAUCCUUGACUUUUCUUUCUGAAUUUUCAGGUAAAAAUUCAUUGAAAUACUUCAUAAAUCUACCUACAUAUAAGUCUCUAAAUUUCUCGAAGACUAGUUUAAAAAUAAAAUACCACCCCGCUCUCAAGAACUUUUGAAGGAUUUUCAGCUUUAGCGACGAAAAAGAAAAACCUAUUUAUGAAAAAGUAUCAAUAUAUGAAAAAUUCUAAUAAUAUUUUACUACACGACACAAGAUGAAUAACCUUUAUAUAGAAAUUUCAUCAUUUUGAUAAAUUGAGAUAAAUUAAAACUAAUACUGAGUCUCAAGUAAA